CUGUAAGUGACAGAAUGGGGAGGGUUCCGUCCCUCUCGCGCUCUUGGAGAGCUGGGGGGCUAUAAAAAGAGGAGGCGCAGGGCAGCUGGGAGACAGAGGCGGACGGAGGCUGAGAGGGGAAAGGAGAGGACAGAGAAGCAAGCCAGCACCAGGCCACUCCUUGAGCGACGCCAGCAUGGGCUCCCCCACCAUCACCACCAGCUUCCUCCUCUUCCUGGCAUUUCAGCUCCUGGGGCAAAUAGGAGCUAACCCCGUGUAUGGCUCUGUGUCCAAUGCAGACCUGAUGGAUUUCAAGAAUUUGCUGGACCACUUGGAGGACAAGAUGCCUUUAGAAGAGGAGGUCGUGCCCCAACAAGUACUAAACGAGCAGAAUGAGGAAGCUGGGGCGGCUCUCAGCCCCCUCCCUGACGUGCCUCCCUGGACAGGGGAGGUCAACCCAGCCCAGAGAGAUGGGGGUGCCCUUGGGCGGAGCCCCUGGGACUCCUCCGAUAGAUCUGGUCUCCUGAAAAGCAAGCUGAGGGCACUGCUUGCUGCCCCUCGGAGCUUGCGGAGGUCCAGCUGCUUCGGAGGCAGGAUGGACAGGAUUGGAGCCCAGAGCGGACUGGGCUGCAACAGCUUCCGGUACCGAAGAUAACGGCCAGGGAGGAAAAGGCGGGCCAGGCCCUGGGGGCAAACUUCAAGAGACCCUCAUCCCUUGGGGUCUCUCACUCAACUUUGUCACAUCUCAUUGCCAUCAAAUCGAGCCGUGACGAGCACCGUAUUCAAGCUUUAGCCUCUUGUCAACGUUUCUCACAUUUUAUGCUAAAUGUAGAUAAAGUGGUUUAAUUGUGGCUUCCCCACCUCUCCCAUCUCUUGCACUUAAUUUUAGGAUAGACACUCACCUGUUACUGAAAGCGGUUUGAAAGUGAAUAAAUUUCAGCACCACGGACAGAAGCCAAA